AUGCCAUUUGGCCAAGCAGGCGUCAAUCAGUUGGGGGGCGUGUUCGUGAAUGGGCGGCCGCUCCCCGACGUUGUCCGCAAGAGGAUUGUCGAGCUGGCCAUCAUGGGUGUAAGACCGUGCGACAUCAGCCGCCAGCUGCUCGUCUCACACGGUUGCGUCUCCAAGAUCCUCACCAGGUUUUACGAGACUGGCUCCAUAAGACCCGGCUCUAUAGGCGGCAGUAAGACCAAGUUAGAGCGCCAUCUCGCGUCAUCUCGCGCGAGAGCGUGCAAAAACUUAUAUUGGAUGUGUCAAGGAAUGAUUGAUGCGUACGCGGACAAAAAGCGUCGCGGGGAGAACGGAGUGACGGAACCGUCCGUGACGCAGCAAGUGGCGACACCUACAGUAGUGAAAAAGAUACUGCGUUUAAAACAAGAAAACCCUGGAAUGUUCGCGUGGGAGAUACGGGAACGGCUAUUGAGCGCCAGAGUGUGCGAACCUCACUCCAUACCAUCAGUGUCAUCUGUCAACAGAAUACUGAGGAACAGUGGAUUGGCUUGGAGCGAUGACGAGCCGAGAAAUGGGCAUGUUCGAGUUCCACCACCUCAACAGGACCCAACUUUAUACGACCGUAGACUCACCACGUCUUGGCUUCUAGCCAACCAAGUGCAAGCACAAGGACUGUUAAAACCAUACCCCAUUUCGCCUUGGCAAAGAAUCAUGUUGCCUUAUCACGAUUCGAAGAAUUUUUCACCAUACAUUAACCUCCAUAACGAUUUACUGAAUAGAAUCAAUACCGAUGACGUCAAAUCUGAAAAUUCAGAACACAUUUCUGUUGAAGCUAGUGAUGAUAGUACUGAUAGACCUGAUACUGAUGAUAGGAAGAGUGAUGAGAAAGAGAAGAAAAAGAAUCCGUAUUCAAUUGAGGAGUUACUCAAAAAACCUGAUAAAAUUGUUAACUCCCCUCCGAUAAGUGUAUCGAGUUUCCUUAGGCAACCGAGCGGUAGUAUGAUUGAAUACAAUCAAGAUAUAAGCAAUAGAAGCUCGCCGGCCAGUUAUUGUUCUAUACAAAGCAAUGUCUCAAAUGACUUCGCCGAAUCGGUUUCGUCUGAAAUUAAAGCGAGCAAUUAAAUUUUACUUAAUUGGCAUAAGUGUAUAUAUUCUUUGCUAUUGGUAAAAUUAAUAGUAUUAUUCUGUUAAAAAUACAGCGACGAAUACAACACGGUCGCAGAAUUCUUUUGAAGUAGGUUUUGUAGCAGGGCAGCGCUGUGUUUGACGCUGUGUUUUCACAGAAUGGCAAGUCAAAUAGCAAAUUUUCUAUUCGUUUGAACGCGCGAAAUAUUUAAGCGAUAGGUGAAACGAUACGGUUUCAUUAGCUUCGAGUAUGGAAAGAUGGCGUUAUUGUUCAGAUUUUUUAUAUUAAUACCUAAUUAUUAUAUUGGCAUUUACGACAUAAUUUAUUGGUGUACCUCCACAGAUUUACUUUUUUCUUUGUUCUAUGUGAUUGUAAUUUCAAGUUGUUUUUAAUUGUGAUAAUAGGUUUUAGUUGAUAGAUAAAUCUUGAUGGACAUUCAACAGCACGUCAGGUUCUUCAUUUGAUUUUAAACUUUGUUGCUUUGACAGUAGAGUAUAAAAUCGUCUGCAGAAAUUAUUGUAGUUUUUCUGUUUAUAUAUUUAACUCGGUGUUUUCAAACGAAAUGGCUACCAUUUUUAGGGUUAAGACCGCAAUGCAAUGGCAACUGUCAAAAGAAGAUGGUGUUUUAUACGUGUAUAGUGCUGUCUCAUUUUAA